CAUGUUCUUUGUUGUCAUAAUGAUUGGUCCCUCCUGCAGAUCCAGGAGCGCUCAGCCUCUUUGGAGACCUGUCCGUGGUGUGCUGCUAAAGGGCAGACUCGGGCUCUGCGUUCCUAUAGGAUCAGCAUCCAGGAGGUCAUCACCCUCUGCACUGACCCACAGUGCCUGUUUCCCCUGGUCUCGCGGCCUUUGGAAGAUGUCCUGGCCAGCCUCAGGCCCUACCUGUCCCAGGGGAGGAGGCCCUACCUGUCCCCAGGGGAGGAGGCCCUACCUGUCCCAGGGAGGAGGCCCUACCUGUCCCAGGGGAGGAGGCCCUACCUGUCCCAGGGGAGGAGGCCCUACCUGUCCCAGGGGAGGAGGCCCUACCUGUCCCAGGGGAGGAGGCCCUACCUGUCCCAGGGGAGGAGGCCCUACCUGUCCCCAGGGGAGGGAGGCCCUACCUGUCCCAGGGGAGGAGGCCCUACCUGUCCCAGGGGGAGGAGGCCCUACCUGUCCCAGGGGAGGAGGCCCUACCUGUCCCAGGGGAGGAGGCCCUACCUGUCCCAGGGGAGGAGGCCCUACCUGUCCCAGGGGAGGAGGCCCUACCUGUCCCAGGGAGGAGGCCCUACCUGUCCCAGGGGAGGAGGCCCUACCUGUCCCAGGGGGAGGAGGCCCUACCUGUCCCAGGGGAGGAGGCCCUACCUGUCCCAGGGGAGGAGGCCCUACCUGUCCCAGGGGGAGGAGGCCCUACCUGUCCCAGGGGAGGAGGCCCUACCUGUCCCAGGGGAGGAGGCCCUACCUGUCCCAGGGGAGGAGGCCCUACCUGUCCCAGGGGAGGAGGCCCUACCUGUCCCAGGGGAGGAGGCCCUACCUGUCCCAGGGGAGGAGGCCCUACCUGUCCCAGGGGAGGAGGCCCUACCUGUCCCAGGGGAGGAGGCCCUACCUGUCCCAGGAGGAGGCCUACCUGUCCCAGGGGAGGAGGCCCUACCUGUCCCAGGGGAGGAGGCCCUACCUAGGAGGCUCUACCUGUCCCAGGGGAGGAGGCCCUACCUGUCCCAGGGAGGCUGUCUCUCUGUUAGAGGAGGCUUUACUUGUCCCAGGGAGGCUGUCUCUCUGCUCGAGGAGGCUCCACCUGUCCCAGGGGAGGAAGAUGCUGAGGGAAAGGAGCCUGUUCCUACCGUGGAGGCUGUCCUGGUCCUGCAGGAGGCUCUAACUGUCUUAGAAGAGGCUUCACCUGGAAUGAAGGAGGGGCUAAGUGUCUUACAGAAAGAGGAUGAGGAAGAAUUGGUUCUAAUCGCCUCGGAGGAGGAGGAAGAAGUCGCUGCACUGGUGGCCUUGGAGGCUGUGUCUAUACCUGCCAUGGUUGAGGUUGUCCCUGCUUUAGAGAAAGAUGAGGAGGAUCUGCUUGUCUUUGACGGGGAAGAGAAGAUACAGGAUGAAGAGCGCCCCCCCGCAGGGGUCUGUAGACCCUGCAGUGUGGACCUCAGUCAGAGCAAAGUGCAUGAUGGUCAGGAAGAUGACGGUCCUAUCAGAGCUAGAAGAAGAGCUCACAACGCCCGACAACUAAGCGACGAGGACGAGGAACAGGAAGUAAGCGUCAAAGAGGAAGUGGAAGUCCUGACACCGGCGCCGAAAAAGAAAAGGGGCCGGCCAAGAAAGACUCCUAUUAUUAAAUACACGCAGGAAGUGUUGCCCGACUUUGACCCGGGACUGAUCUCGACGGGGGAGUUGGUCCCAGUUCCCGGACCUCACCUGUUCUGGAAGAAUGAGCACAGUCUGGGUUGGCUGGACACCUUGCUGGUAGCGCUGGUCCACUGUCGCACCCUGAGGGACAGACGACCCAUCAAGAGGCCCACUGUAGGUCAACCGGUCUGGGAUCUGUGUGAGAGGUACGACCGAGCCUGUAGUCUCAGCACAGCCUACCAACACACUGGCGCAGAUGGUGUCGUCCGUGUGCCCUCCGCCGUGUCACAGAGGGUCCAGACCGAGAUGCAGGCCAUCAGGACGGCCAUCUUUAAACUGCUGGAGCCUCUGCUGAAAUGUAAACUGGGUCAGAAUGAGAGGCUGGUUUUUGUCCUGCCUCUCCUCCUCGGGGCUGACUCCUGGGCUGAACGGCUCUUCCAGCAUGAGUGUGACUGGCAGUUUCAGUGUAACUCGGCAAUUUGCAGGCAUGCCACCCAAACCAAAUGUAACAAGACCCUCACCACUUUCACCAAGGUGGUUUCUGAUUGGCACCCUCUCAAUGCUGCCAACCAAUCACGUUGCAGCAAGUGCAAUAAGAUGAAGCAAGCCAGGAUGUUGGUGCUGGAGAG